AGUGUUGAUUUCAUGCUUAAAGAGUGUGUAAGAUUUAAAAUUUGUAAAACUUUCGUAAAAAUUACAACGUUUUAGUAAAUUUCGUAAUUAAGUUUCGGUGUAGAUUAUUGCGUUAUUGUUUAAUACGAUGUCUGAAAGUACUAGCCCAAGUGUUUUAAGUUAUCUAAGACAGUAUCGGUUUCAAAGGAAACCUACCCCUGGAUCCAGUGGAACCUUGACAGUAACAUCGGCCCCAUCGAGUAAUCAACAGCAAAUAAGGAUGCCUGCUCCAAACACAGCAAUUAGAAAUGGACCAAUAGUGUACAAACGGAUCAGAAUACAGGACUCAGACUCUGAUGAUUCAGCUUCUCCAGCAAAGAAACCAAUUGUGGAGUUGACCACGGCCGUUAAGGAGAGAAGGUUCAGGAACAUGCUGGAAAUGUUUCCUGAUAUAUCCCCUUUGUUCGUCAAAAAUACUUUGGUUAAACAUGGUUGGAAUGAAGAAAGAUCACGUGAUGAGCUUUUAAAGCAUGACCCUGAAAGUGAUGACAAGGCCUCACCUUCCACCUUCUUCGCAUCCCGGCCAGGCUUCUCAGGGCAAUUGCCUAAAUCUAAUGGAAUGGGGGUAGUCAGAGUGACAAGUGGACCUAGUGUAGUUGUUAGAAAGUCCUUAGCUGGUAAGGGUGGAAGGGCUCGGAGAGGGAGCAGUGGUAGUGAGGAUGACGAUUAUGGAGUCAGAAAAGGAAAGGACGACAGAGUUUAUGAUAGUGAUGAUUCAGACAACGAAAUAACUGAUGAUCUCGUGGGCGAUAAGAGAAAAGUAUUCGAAUUCCUAAACACAAGCAACAUGAAUGAACUCUCAUUGCUCAGUGGCUGUUCACAGAAAAAAGCGGAGGCCAUCAUAGCACAGAGACCUUUCAAGGGAUGGCUUGAUAUGGUAGAGAAGUUCAAUAACAACAAGAUGCUGAGCACGGAUUUAUUGAAUUCAACACAAGAGCUCCUCUGUACCAGAAACAACAUACAGAGGUUGAUGAAAAAGUGCGUCGGUCUCGCUCAGCAGCUGGAGUCUGCUGUGGCUGCUGGAGCGGGCCGGUUGAAGCAGCCGACCACUUUAGAUUCAAGUUUAAAAUUAGCACCAUACCAGCUAGUAGGACUCAACUGGUUAGCGGUGCUGCACAAGCAAGGAGUGUCCGGUAUUCUUGCGGAUGAAAUGGGCUUAGGGAAAACCGUCCAGGUGAUCGCUUUCCUUGCACACUUGAAAGAGACAGGACAAGCCAGGGGAACACAUUUGGUCGUCGUACCAGCUUCCACACUAGAUAAUUGGAGUAGUGAGUUGGCCCGCUGGUGUCCGUCGCUACGUGUUAGCAAGUAUUACGGUAACCCAGAGGAGAGGCGACUGCUUCGCAUUGAAUAUUCGCGGGGAUUAGAUCAAAUUGACAUCGUUCUUACAACUUAUACAAUGGUGAGCAGCUGUCCCGAAGAACGCAAGAUGUUCCGUAUAACGCCGAUGCACUAUGUCAUAUAUGACGAAGCGCAUAUGCUUAAAAAUAUGUCAACUCAAAGAUAUGACAACUUAUUAAAAAUAAAGUCCAAACACCGCCUGCUACUAACGGGGACACCUUUACAAAACAACUUAGUCGAGUUGAUGUCACUUCUAUGCUUUGUGAUGCCACACAUGUUCUCUGGUAAAACUGAUGAUUUGAAGAGCUUGUUCCAAAAGAAUGCGAAAGCAAAAACCACAAAGAAAACAAAUGGUAACACAGAUGAUGACGUGCCAGCCUUUGAACAGAGCCAGAUAACACAGGCCAAGCGUAUUAUGAAGCCUUUCGUACUAAGGAGGUUGAAACGUGAUGUACUACAGGACCUGCCAAAAAAAACCAACCAUACAGAGCUGUGUCCCAUGUCCGAGAAACAGCAGAGGCAGUAUAAGGAACUCAUUGCCGGAUUCUCUGCAAAGGAUGGCACAAUACACGCAACGACCGAGCAGAGCGGUAUAUCGAUGAUGAUGGACAUGCGCAAGCUGGCCAACCACCCGCUGCUGCUGCGCUUCCACUACGACGCGGCCGUCACGCGCAAGAUGGCGGCGCGCCUGGCACGCGACCCCGCGCACAAGGAGAAGAACGAGCAGUACGUGUUUGAGGACCUCAUGUGCAUGUCCGACUUCCAGAUGCACCAACUCACCCAGCAGUAUUCGUGUAUUAGAUCAUUCUCGGUGCCAGAUCAUUUGAUAGAAGAUUCUGGUAAAUUCCUUAAAUUGGAUGAGAUGUUGCCCAAGCUUAAAGAGGAAGGUCACCGUGUCCUAAUCUUCAGCCAGUUUACAAUGAUGCUGGACAUCAUCGAACCAUACCUCAGACUACGUAACUACCGCUAUUUAAGGCUAGACGGCAGUACUGCUGUUAAUGAAAGACAAGAUCUAAUUGAUCGGUAUAACAAUGAGGACAUAUUUGUGUUCCUGUUGUCUACAAAAGCAGGAGGUCUUGGAAUAAAUCUAACGGCUGCAGAUACUGUGAUCAUUCAUGAUAUUGAUUUCAACCCUUAUAAUGACAAACAGGCUGAGGACAGAUGUCACAGAAUGGGUCAAACUCGUCCUGUAACGAUCUACCGUUUGUUAAGUGCUGGGACAAUUGAAGAGGGCAUUUAUCAAGUGGCACAAGAGAAGCUGAACCUUGAGAAACAUGUUACGGGCGCUGAUGAAAAUGAAGGAACUGAGCAGAAAAAUGUAGUGCGUCUAUUGUCAGCAGCCUUAGGAUUGACUUCACCGAACAAAUGAUUGUUAGCGAAUGAUGUAAUUGUCAUAGACUAGUGAAAUGACACUGACCGUCGUAUGAAAGUGACUUAAAAAAGUGCUAUGAACCUGAAACAAUAGUGUAUCGUAAUAUAUUGUGUAGAAGAACAAAACAAAUACCUAAGUGAUUGUGUACAAAGUGAAAGAGGUUAAGUCAUUCCCAUUUGUUGAGAUGUUAACUUUGAAUGAUACUGUAUUUAUUCUUUAUCUAUUGUCAUAUAGAAACAAAAAAAAAAUUUUAGUUCAACAUUAUGAGGCAUUUUGUUAAAUUUUAUCCAAAAAAGAACAAAGUUAUUUUUCCGAGUUAUUUUUUAUGACCAAUUGAAAUAUUUCGUAAUGGAUUUGUCAGUUAACCCGUGCAACUUAUAAAUCUAUGGUUAAAUGAAUAAUUGUAUAGUAAUUAUUAUAUUUACUAUAACUAUGAAAUUUAUCUUUGCACAAAAUUUCGAAAAAAGGCCUUGAUCUGUGACAUAACUUUUUUGGGUUUCUAUCAGACAAUAGUGUAACAUGAAACAGGAUAUAUUUAUUAAGUGAUUGCUAUGUGAUUGGGUAAAAAAUAUCCACACCAUAUAGGACUAAAGAAAUUUUUGGAUAAUAAAAUGAGUGGGAGCAAGAUUAUUCAUAUUAUAUGUUCUGAUGCUUAAAUUAUUAAUUAAUUGGUUAAGUAUAUUAAACUGCUGUUAAUUUUAAAUUAAAAUAAAACUAAGUUUUGAAAAAAAAAAACCCUUUCAAUUGUCUCGAUUUGUAAUUGUAAGUAAGAAAAGAUCUUGUAAUUCCUUUUACAUAUUGCUUGUGAAGUGGUAAGCGAUUCUAUAGGAGCUCAAGCUUACAGCAGACGAAUCACAUUUGGCGCAGGCCAGUGUUGCCCCUAACCUCUUAUUCGAUCCAAGGCUGAGCUUGCAUUGUUAUGCAGCACAAUAAGUUGACAUGUUCAUGUGUGUAUAAAUUGAAAACUAUAAAUGGCUCAGGGUAGAGAGUUGCAGUAGAUGUAUGUUGUUGCGUUUUCGUAGGAUUAAUGAAUCAGUGUAAUUAUAGAGGGAACGUAACAUGAUUUUCAUAUAUUUUAAAUUAAUAUUAGUAUGUUUUUAAUAUUGAAAUUAUAAAUUCAUAUUAUUUAAUGCAAUAUAUAGUUGAUAAAUGAAUCUAUAAUUAAAUGAAAACUGGGUACUUAGAAAAGUGAGUGGCUUCGGAUUUCUGGACCUCAAAUAAAAAAGUGCCUAGGGGCUUAGGAUAUUUGAUUUAGCUCUCAAUAAUAAAAAUACUUUUAAAAUCUCUUGCUAAUUCACAAGCAAAUGUAUUAAAAUAAUUUAUAAAAUAGUUAAACCUCAAAUGACUUUGGUCUGUAAUUAAUUGGAAAUUGUCUCUAAGCUAAAUUAAUUUGAUCUAGAAUAUAAUAAAGGAGCUGUAUAAAUGUUAUCAAUGUUUACUUUCCAACCACACUGCCUUUUCAAAAUAUACACGGAGACUGUCAUAUAUAUGUAAACUAUAUUCUAAAUAUGUAUAUUAAAAACAUGAAAUAAAAUAAAACGAAUUAAAAAUAUGACUACGCAUUAUUUAUAAGAUAAUAAACUAGUAUUAAUUAAAACUAGACUAACGAGUUGAGAUUUUCAUAAAAAACUUUAAUUUAAAAAUACUAUAUAAAAGUAUCAUUCAUUAUUCAGAACUGAUUUGUAGAACAAAAAUAUUUCCAUUUUGCCCUUGUAUAAAUACAUGUUUAUAUAUUCGUAAGCUUUUCCUGAGUAGUUUUAUUUUAAAUACGCUACCAUAUACGGUAGCAAAUUGCUUGCGUGCGACUUAACCGUACGUUUAGAAACAAUAGUAUGUUGGGUAAUACUAUUUGUAUUACAUAGACCAUUUCGCGGCUUCGUUACUUUGUCUGUCUCAGGUUUUGUAGUAACGUUCUCAAUAUAUUUUCGAUUUGAUCAUUUUGUCUCAUACAUUAUUUUUAUGAAUACUAGAAACCGUUACAUAUUAAGGUUAUGAUCAAAUUAUUCUAUAUCCAUAUCAGUAUUUAUUUAAAUGGUGUUUCGCAAAUAUAAUGUGCUUCAUUCAUGUUUAAAGGCAACAUGCGUGCAGUCACGAAGGUAGAUUGUACGCACGUUGUAUCCUCAAUACGUACUUGUAAUAACUUAUUUUAAAUUCUUCAUAUAUAAUAAUUAAGAUAUAUAAUACUGCUAUAUAUGUGAUAUGGCAAUCGCAAGUUAUGCCUCUUAGCUGUAUAAUAUAGACAAAUAUGUAGCCAUAGAACUCGAAUUGCUUGUAAAUAUUAAAAUAUAUAUAUAUUAUUACAAUAAAAGUAGAAAUAAAAUUGUAACUGAUUUUGGAAUUUAACAUUUAAUAAUUAAUAAAUAAUUCUUGUAUAACGUAACAGCUUAAAUGGAUUGUAUUGUUUAAUAUAUACAUAUAUGUAAAUUGGUGUAUGUUAUGUAAAUCUAAAAUAUUUAUAAGAUAAAGUAU